CUUGCUGCCGCUGUCUGCGCCUCUGUUGCGUCUUUGAACGCAUCUGUCCUUGCUGUCCCUGCCGUACUGUAUACUAUCAGAGAUUACAAGCUAAUACCUGGUAUCUCUCGACAUGAACGGCGGGGCGUCUUCUCCGCCACCUGGGCGUACAAUCGACAUUGAGCUCGGUGGACAAGAGGUUAUAACCGUCGAACUUGACAGUCUUGAUCCAAACCCGGACGACUUGUUGGAGGUGCUGAAGGAAGGACAAUGUAAAGUGUGGAUAUGGACGAGGUUAGCAGCGGAGUACUGGCGCAGGGGACUUUUGGAUGCAGCCGAGAAGAUUGCGAAGACCGCGCUGCAGGCUCUACAAGAUACCGACUCCUCCGGAUCGGUUUCCCCGGUGUUCUCCUUCCUGGCAACUCUUCAGAUUGCCAUGGCCGCAAAGGCACCCAAACUCAUCCUGACCGAUGCCGUCCAUGACAGGAUGGUCGCGGAGAGGACUCGAGAGGACUACUACAAGGAGGGCACUAUGUACUUCAACUCAGGAGAACGCGUGGCGGCCGAGUACGGCGAGUCCCACAUGAUGCUCUCCUCGCUCACACGAGGUAUACUGCAGCUGAGCUCUGGGCAGUGGGACGAUGCUGCAAGGACCUUUGACUCGGUGCUCUCUGACAAACCAACGAAUGUGGUGGCACUGCUUGGAAAGGCCAAAAUUGCGUACGCCCGGCGACAAUACACCCAGUCCCUCAAGCUCUUCCAAAGGGUGCUACAACUCAACCCAACAUGUCUCCCAGACCCACGGAUAGGUAUUGGCUUGUGUCUUUGGGCUAUGGACCACAAAGCGAAGGCGAAAGCUGCAUGGCAGCGGAGUGUGGAGGUGAACCCGGGGGAGUGGUCUGCGCACCUUCUGCUGGGCCUCGAAGCGUUGAACGCGAGCAAGAACGAGGGUCAGUCAGAGGAGGAGCGAAGAGAGGAAUUCCUCACGGGGACUCGCCUUAUUGAGCGGGCAUUCAACGCCAAUCAGAGGAACUCUGCUGCGGCAAACGCGUUGUGCGAGCUGUUCCUGCAAAAGGGACAGACCAAGAUGGCGCUCAAGCUUGCAGAGCGUACAAUACAAUUUGCCGACGUCAAGGGUAUCCUCUGCGACGGUUACAUCCGGGCUGGCAGAGUUACCCAUCGAGAAGGUCGGCUGCAGGAUGCUACGUCACAUUUUACGAAGGCGAAGGAGGCUCGCAAAGAUAGCGUUCUCGCGACCAUCGGCCUUGCGCAGGUCCAGCUGAAAAACGACGAGACUGCGGGUGCCAUCCACACGCUCGACACGUUCCUGCAGACACCCCAGAACCCCAAGUCCGUGGAGCUAAUGGCGAUGCUGGCGUCAAUACGUGCGACUUCGCGGCCCGGCAUGACAGACAAGGACAAGGUGGAGGAGAAGGCGCGUGCUCGGGACCUGUUUGACCGUGUCUGCAAAUUCAUCGGCGCAGGUACGGAUGGCUUGGCGCAGCUGAAUGGCCAAACACAGAAUCUCACUCCGUCGGCGCGCAAGCUGGGCGAGGACACUGAGAUGUUCAUCGAGAUUGCGAAGCUCUACCAAGACGAGAGCAUCGAGCGGAUGGAACGCGCGUACAAGCAGGCGCUGCAGAAUAGCGAGGCAUCGGGGAGGAUCGAGCCUCGUCUGGUCAACAAUCUCGGCGCACUGCAGCAUCUGGAAGGACACUUCGAUGAAGCGAGGGCAAUGUAUGAGACUGCACUCACUCAUGCCGCCAGCCUCGACCAGUCCACGGCUGAGGCAAUGUCAACGUCGAUAUUGUACAACCUUGCUCGUGUGUACGAAGAACAGGCGGAUGUCAUGAAGGCCAAAGAGGCAUACGAUAAGCUGCUCACGAGGCAUCCGGAGUACGCUGAUGCAAAGCUUCGACAAGCGCAGAUGCUCGCCGAGAUGAAUCAGUACAACGACGCGCACGAGCUCAUCAAGCAGGCGCUCGCUUCCCAGCCUAACAACCUCAACCUCCGCGCUUUCUAUACCCACUUCCUCGUCCAGUCCAACCAAGCGAAGUACGCCAAGGACUUCGUUUUCGUCACCCUCCGCGACCACGACAAGUACGACGUCUAUUCGCUCUGCGCCGCCGGCUGGCUUCAAUACCACCAGGCGCGCGAGAACCGCGACGGCUCCCAAGAGGGCAUCAAGGACCGUCGCCGUGGGUUCCAGCGCUCAGCCGAGUUCUACGAGAAGGCGCUCCAGCUCGACCCCCUAUGCGCAGUCGCCGCGCAGGGGCUCGCGAUCGUCGUCGCGGAGGACGCGCUUGGCAACCUUGGGGGCGCCCUGGGGCCCCCAGCCCCCGACGAGAACGGGAAGAGGUUGAAGAACUCACGAGAGGCGCUGGACAUCUUCGCGAAGGUGCGCGAGUCGAUCAACGACGGGAGCGUAUAUGCGAACAUGGGCCAUUGCCACUAUGCGCGGGACGAGUUCGACAAGGCCAUUGAGAGCUACGAGACGGCGUCGAAGCGGUUCUACCACAACAAGAACGUGUCUGCUCUGCUCUGUCUUUGCCGAGCGUGGUAUGCGAAAGCCAACAAGGACCAGUCCUUCAGCUCGAUGACAACGGCGCUGCAAUAUGCUCAGAAGGCAUUGCACCUACAUCCCUUCGACAAGGCCAUCCUAUACAACAUUGCCAUGAUCCAGCAGAAGGCCGCAGAGCUGCUCAUGUCGGUACCUCCCGCCAAACGAUCGCUCAAGGACCUCCAGAAGGCCAUCGAGCAAGCCGGGCAUGCGCAGAAGCUGUUUGCCUCCCUCGCCGCGGACAAGUCGCCGUUGGUGCCUUACAACCGCGACCUCGCCGACCAGCGUCGAAAGUAUGGCGAGAGCAUGUUGCGGCGGUGCGAGGACCACCUCGCGACGCAGAAGCAAUGGGAGGCAGACGCCCAGGCGAAGAUCGAGGCCGCGCGACAAAGACGGCAGGAAGAGAAGGAGAGACAGGACGCGGCGGAGCGCGCCCGUCUGGAGGAGCUGCGUAAACAGGCAGAGAAGCUCGCGGAGGAGCGGAGGAUCGCGCGGGAGCAAGCGCAGGAGUGGACACGAGAGGUCAGGCGGAUGGAGAGUGACGAGGAGAAGGAGAAGGCUGCGAAGAAGGCGAAGCGCGGGAAGCGGACAGAGCAUGUCAGCGGGGACGAAGGUGUCGAGGGCGAGCCCAAGCCUAAGAAGAGGAAGGGCAAGCUCAAGAAGUCAGCGGACUCAGGCGCAGAGAACGAGGACGAGGCUCUGUUCAGUGGUGAAGAUGAGGACCAAAAGCCCAAGAAGCGCACGAAGAAGCGGGCUGUGCGGGAUGACGACGAGGACGAGCCUGCGGUGGCUGCGCCUCGUAAGAAGCAAUAUAAAAGCAAAGAGACAAUAUCGGACUCGGACGAGGAGAUGUCAUGAGCUCUGUUGUUGCCUAUGCUAUGUAGAUAUCUGCUUUUUGUUUGUGCUUUGUGUAUCCAUUCUGUCCUAUCGUCCUAGUACAUCUGUAAUGCGUACGAGCUUUGAUCGGAUGUCUGCGCUUCAGUCACCCCAAUCUAAUCCCAACAUAUCCUGCUUCCCUCCGCGCACCGCGCCCUCGACGGCCUCUGCGAGCUCUCGUAAUACUUUUCGAUCCUCUUCUGAGGCUGUGCCGAGCGACGUGAGUGCGUUAUUCCUCGAUCCCCCGAUGCCGAGGGCUUUCUCGAGUGCUAUUUCACGGUCUUCGCCCCGAAGCUUGUCAAUCGAUACUAAAGUUUCUCGAAGUCGAGGAUUUGAUCCAAGGAUCCGACGAAUCUCCGGCGACGUUGCGAUCGCCUCAUAUUGGGGUGGUUGGAGAGGUUUCGGGUCGUCGCGUUUCAGUGGAUCCGGGUACGCCGACUCUUCAGGUACGUAGGGCCACUUUAACGACGCCAAUGACCUCAAUGGUGGACCUGCAUCCCCUAUCGAAACGUCCGAGUCCGAUGUAGACGGUACUAGGCCUUCUGCGCGGGACUGGAUGGCUUCACCUAGUGAAGUUGUGACCCUACUCGUAAAAGCUGAUGGUUGUUUUGCCCCUAGACAACGAUCUUUGUGUUGCUUGUAGCAGGGCACAGAGCAGUAAACCACGGAACAUUUGGCGCAAGUAUACUUGGACUCGG